AUGGAGGAGAGCACCAAAUCCUCAUCAUCUGCCUUCACGCUUCAGAGUGCUUUAGAGACAAUGGCUUCUAUUCAGCUCCUGGAUUUCAGAACAAGUUUACUCGAAGCCGUGGAAGAGCUGCGCAUGAGAAGGGAAGCAGAGACUCAAUAUGAAAAGCAGAUUGCUAGAAUUAUUAUGGAGAUACAGGAACUGAAAUGGCAAAAGGAGACUCUUCAGAAUCAAAAGGAGGCAUUAAUAAAGCAACAUAAAGAAGCAAUGGGAGUUUUUAAAAAUCAGCUGCAAAUGAAGAUGUAUGCCUUGGAAGAAGAAAAGGGAAAAUACAAACUUGCUAAAGAAAUCAAAGAAAAAGAAAUUGAAGGAUUAAAGGAAACAUUAAAAACACUGCAGGUUUCUCAAUAUUCUUUACAGAAGAAAGUGAGUGAAAUGGAACAAAAGGCCCAUUUACACCAACUAGCUAAAGAAGAUUAUCACAAGCAACUGGAUGAAAUUGAAAAAUACUAUGUUAAAAUAACAAAUCAGUUUGGAUUGGUGAGAGAGAAUCAUGUAAAGUUAGAACAAAAUGUACAAGAAGCAAUACAGUUAAACAAAAGACUUUCCACCUUAAAUGAAAAACAAGAAUCUGAAAUAGACAGUUUAAAGAAGGAACUAAAAAGAGUAGCUUCAGAGUUGAUUAAGUCCAAGGUCACAUGUAAGCAUAAGAUGGAAGAAGAAAGUAUAGAUCUAAUAAUUAAAGAACAAAAAUAUGAAGAGCUUCAAGAACGACUCGACAUGGAAUUGGAAUUAAAUAAGAAAAUUAAUGAAGAGAUUUCCCAUAUUCAAGAAGAAAAACAGGAUAUCAUCAUUUCUUUUCAACACAUGCAGCAAUUACUUCAGCAACAAACUCAAGCUAAUAUUGAAAUGGAUGAAGAGUUGAAGGCGCUAAGGGAAAACAAUCAGACCCUUGAAAGAGAUAAUGAGCUGCAAAGGGAGAAGGUAAAGGGAAAUGAAGAAAAGUUCCUUAAUCUCCAGAAUGAGCAUGAGAACGCACUCAGAACUUGGAAGAGACGUGUUGAAGAACUUAAUGGAGAAAUGAAUGAGAUUAAAAGUGAGUUGUCAUUACUUAAGGAAACUCAUGUUAAAUUGCAAGAACAUUACAACAAAUUAUACGAUCAGAAAAAAGAUGAGGAGUGUAAGAAGUCUCAGAGUAUUCCAGAACUAAAUAAUGAAAGUAAUGAUGGACCAUCCAGUGAAAUAUCAGAAAAUAUCACCAUGCAAAAAUAUAAUUCUGAUCAAGAAAUAUGGGGGAAAAAUACAAGGAGUUUUUGUUUAGAUACUGAUUACUACAGAGAAAAGGACAAAGUUAAAGAUGCACCUAUAGAAGACACCGCAGAAGACUUACAGCCUUUUGAAAUAAGUGCCAAAAGCAAUAUUAAUACUGUGGUGACUCAGGAUGGACACCAAAGUGGAACGUCCCCGAGCAAAGCCCUUUGUGUAGAUAAUGGCGUAACUGAUCAAGAACAAACCUUGAAUGUUACUGACUGUAGAAAGUCAGUCAGUGUAGAAGUAAAAGACAAGGUACACUUGGAAAAGGACAAGGGAUGUGCAGAAUUUAAAUCACUGAACAAUUUCUUUAUAGAGCGAGAUGAAUCACUGGAAGCAAAGAAGACGUGCCUAGAAGGGAUUGAAGGAUCAGGUCUUCUCCACAGUGGUGUAGAUGCUCCUCUGGAGACUGGGAGUGACAAAGAACCCCUUAAUGGCAUUUCAGAUGAGAUGACCCACAAAAGAAACUAUAACACAGAUGUUUCUGAAAGCAGGCCGUUCAAACAGCAAUUCAAAUUGCUUCCCGCAGACCUGGAAAAUGCUACAGAGAAAGAAGUUACAAGUCAUGGCCAAACCAAAGCAGGGUUAGAUUCAAUUCUAGAUAUAAAAGUAAAACUUGAUCAUUGUAAGAAACAUGGCUUACAAGAUUCAGGUAAUGUUAUGUUAGAUGAUAAGAACCGAAAAAUGAAAGACACCUUAAGUAAGGAGAGGGAGUGCAGCACAGUACUCUCUCUGUGCCAUCAGCAAGCUAGGAAGGCUGCCCAGCAGCCUGCAGCAGCUGGUGCCUGUGCUGCAGUGGUCAGCCCACCCUGUCCAUUUGCUGUUUCUGGAGAUAAUUCGAAAGUACUUAAGAAUUCCCCAAACAGUAUUAAUACUCUGCUGACAAUGGUGGAACCUGACUCAAGCCCUGCAGAAAUAACUAUGCGGGAAAAUAUGAAUAACAUAAAAAACAGUCCAUUUAAGAACCACUUGGGAUCUUCAGAAAGCAGUAUGAGCAUCUCAAGCAUUCCGGUUAACCAAGGGGACAGUCAUGCUUCACAAGCCGGAGAUUUAAAAUCUGCAGCUCCCAUGAUAACUCCCGCAGGAAAAGCGCAUUCCAGUGAGAAUCAGAUAACUGAAGCUACAAAACGUGCUGUCUUUUCCUCGGUGGAUGUUAAGAAAAGACAGUGCAUGUUGCUAAAUAAUAGAGAGAAAGCAGAGGUAUCAAAUGACAUCCUGUCAGAAGGAACAUUUAGUGAAGGUCAGUUGUCUCAUGUAUCGCCAUCUGCAGAUUCAGUAAACACAAGUGCAAGGUCGGCCUUUGAUCCUCCCACUCUAGAUAAAAAACUCAAGAAAACACCAGGAUCUAUGAAGUUUGUAGCCCCUAGUCCUCGUUCAAAAGUAAAUCAAAUUAAGAAUAAAACAGUGGGCAUUUCCCUUUCCAGCUUUCCUUUAUUGCUAAAGGAGAGACCAGCAGGUCCAGAAAGCAAAGUGAUCACUCAAGUGACUUUUUGUAAAAAUGUUGAUCUGGACGACACCAGAAAAAAUACUGAACCAGAUACUGCCAGCUUUAGCAGAGUUGCUGACACUGUGAGUGACUGGAGUAUCCAUCCAGAUCCCAAGGGACAGCCGGGUGAAGGGAAGAAUGCAACUGCAAAGACGCUUUAUGAUUCUUCCUUUCCCACAGAACAUGUGAAAGCAGAACCUUGGAUUUCAACUGUGCAACAGAGCAAUUCACAGGCAAGGGAGGUGACAGACACUCCUGAUCUACUCACCUUUUCUCCUGGUAACAAAGACUGGCAGAGCCUUAUGAUAAACCGACUAACUGAGAUUGAAAAGUUGCUAAACUUAGAAAACAGCAACCAGACCAAAAAAAGAAAAGCAGAAGAGAUGCUGGAAAAAAACAAGUGA